AUGGUUGUGUGUCUGGCCAAAUGUAACUUUGCACCCUCCGGUGAACUUCAUUUGGAGGUAGGAACACCACCUAGUGUGGUUGGUUCUUUACUCUCCCUCUUUAGGGAGAGGGGAAGGUUGCGCUUACGGGCGAGUCAACAACUGGAGGAGAUGAAGCAACGACUGCAGGGAGUGACCUUAGAUCCAUCAAAACCGGAUUCCCUUCUGUGGAUUUGGUCUGUAGACAAAAAGUUCUCCACCAAAUCAGUGUAUAGGCAAUGGGAACUUCAGACUCAAUCAAGUAAUAGUGUUUUGGGUUCUCUGUGGAGGAAUUUGAGCCCCCCAAAGGUGGAAAUCUUCUCUUGGUUGGCCGUUCAAGGAAGAAUUGCAACAAGGUCAGUGCUAUUUCAUAGGAACUUGAUUACUGAAAUCCAACAGGCAUUGUGUCCCCUCUGUUCCGAUGUUGUUGAGACCCCCCUUCAUUUACUCCUGCAUUGUCGAAUUUCGUGGGAAGUUUGGUCUAGUAUUCUGGAAUGGUGGAAAAUACAGUGGGUUUGCCCAUCCUCUCUAGCUGAACUUGCAUCGUGGUGGUUUGAGAACGAGUUUCGAAACUUGGAAAAAAGUAUUUGGGAGGUAUGUUUUUUUGCAAUUCUCUGGUCUAUCUGGAUUGUGAGGAAUAGAUAUGUUUUCAACAAUGUUUCAACUCAAGCAUGGGAAGUAGCGGAUCUAAUCAAAACUAGAGUGGCCAUGUGGAUAAAGGCCAAGUUUGAUAUUAAGGUUUAUACAGUGGAGGAUUUCAAAGAAUAUCUGGAAGGGAUUCGGAAAGUGAAGUUGUAG